AGGUGCCGCCGCCGCCAGCCAGUCGGGAGCGCGCGAGGAGCCGGGUGACUGAGACCUCGGGUGAGAGCCGCCUACCUGCCGUCGCCGCCCACGGCCGGGCCGCCACCAUGGCGCUUCUGCUGCUCUUCGUGCUCCUGUGCGGAGUCGCGGAUUUCACCAGAAGUUUGAGUAUUACUACUCCUGACCAGAUGAUUGAGAAGGCCAAAGGGGAAACUGCCUAUUUGCCGUGCAAAUUUACCGUUGGUUCAGAAGACCAGGGACCGCUGGACAUCGAGUGGCUGCUAUCCCCAGCUGAUAAUCAGAAGGUGGAUCAAGUGAUUAUUUUAUAUUCUGGAGACAAAAUUUAUGAUGACUACUACCAAGAUCUGAAAGGACGAGUACAUUUUACAAGUAGCGAUCUCCAGGCUGGUGAUGCGUCAAUAAAUGUCACCAAUUUACAGUUGUCGGAUAUUGGCACAUAUCAGUGCAAAGUGAAAAAAGCUCCUGGUGUGGCAAAUAAGAAGAUUCAGCUGACAGUUCUUGUUAAGCCUUCGAGCACAAAAUGUUACAUUGAUGGAUCAGAAGAAAUUGGAAGUGACUUUAAACUAAAAUGUGAAUCCAAAGAAGGUUCACUUCCAUUACGCUAUGAAUGGCAAAAACUGUCUGACUCACGGAAGCUGCCCACCUCGUGGUUACCAGAAAUGACUUCACCUGUUAUAACUGUAAAAAAUGCCAGUACUGAGUAUUCUGGGACAUACAGCUGUACAGUCCAAAACAGAGUGGGCUCUGAUCAGUGCCUGCUGCGCCUGGACGUCGUGCCUCCUUCAAACAGAGCUGGAACAAUUGCUGGGGCUGUUAUAGGAACUUUGCUUGCUCUAGUGCUCAUUGGUCUUAUCAUGUUUUGCUGUCACAAAAAGCGCAGAGAAGAAAAAUAUGAAAAGGAAGUUCAGCAUGAUAUCAGGGAAGACGUGCCGCCGCCAAAGAGCCGUACGUCCACUGCCAGGAGCUACAUCGGCAGCAAUCACUCAUCCCUGGGGUCCAUGUCCCCUUCCAACAUGGAAGGAUAUUCCAAGACUCAAUACAACCAAGUACCAAGCGAAGACUUUGAACGCGCUCCUCAGAGUCCAACUCUCCCACCUGCUAAGUGUUGCAAAUUAUGUAUUCUCAAAACGUAGUUCCUAAAUUUACUCUCUUGAAUGCAGUUCCUGGAGGAUGUUUUCUUCAUAGACUCAGAAUGAUGAAAUAGAGUUUAAACUAGUAAGUGUCCUCCAUUGCUUCUGUAUUUCAAACUUGGGAGGAUGUGCAGUUGCUAUUGUAUGGCCAACAUGUCUUUGUAUAGUUGCAGAAAAUCAAGUUGAGCUUUGAGAAGUUUGAGUCUUAGUUUUGUGAAAGUGAUUUAUUCUUUAAAAAUAAAAAGAAAGAAAUGAAAGCAAAUGGAGUUAAAGGAAUACUCCUAACUGCCAAAUGUGUUAAAUACUGUUUUAGUGGAAGAAAGUGAAUUUAUUGUGUUUCCCUUAAGACUGUGAGGGAGUGUGGCUAUAGUAGAAUGAGCCAACAGUUUCUUUAUAGUAAAUGAGGUCUGCAAUAAAUAUUUUAGUAGCUCUAAAACCUUUUCCCUAGAUUUUAGUAGGGACUUGGUUUCUCUUGAUCUUUUUGGGUGCUGUGGUGGUAAAUGCUACAUUAUAAAGUAAUGUUGGCAUGAAUUUAUGACUAGGCAGAGUAUUGUGUGCACUUCUAACGGUAAAUUUAAGCUGAAUGUCUGUGUAAUGGAUUAGUGUAUCGUUUUACAUAUUUGAAAGCAUUUUUUAAAGUAAGUUUUAACCUUACAUAAUAUUGCUUUUCUACUGUGUUAACAUUUUCAUCUGUGCCUUUUGGAUAAUUUAGUUUGUAUUACGAAGUUCUGGUGCCUAUGAGCUAGCUAUCGCCUGAAAGGUGCUUAGAGGUGAAGGUACUGUUCCUGACAACGCAUCACUGUGACUCCCUGCUGUCCUCACACUUCCAGUCUUGCCUCCUCUUCUCUGUUCUUUUUGGAUGCAACUUAACUGUUUGUGGUCUUCAUAAAGAUUUUAAAAUUUCAACAUCCCCAACACUCUUUGUGUUUCUGAUUUUAUAACAGUAGCUGUUUGAAUGCUGGAUGUCUGGCCUGUUUUAUAUGAAUAACAUUUAUAAGAUAUUAUAAGAGUAAAUAACAGAUCACAAACUUUAAUGAUAAAAAUUUUUUGGUCUUGCCUAUUCCUGAUUUCCAUAAAAUGAAGAUUAUGCUAUCAGUCUAAGUAGGAAUUACUAGAAAAGGUGGACAUCCGUGAGACUUUCUAGUCUAGGUUGGCUAUAAGUAAAUCAGAAUCUCUCCUAGAAGCACUUUGAGUUUAGGUCCAUACCAACCACAGCCUGAGAUAGGAGAUUGUUAGAAUGGGUUAUGUGACCUUCGGAGACCUACGGGGUGUGACUGAGUUUAGAGGACAGAAUUCAAUUUUAGGCCUAUUUUUCUUGUGACUCCAUUGUAAGCUUCAGUUAAUCCAAAGGUCAGAUAGUACUAACUUCCCCAGUAAUUCUCAGUCAUCAUUUCAGUUGAGCCAGAGAUCAAAUAUUUGUACUAGAAUUACUAUUGGUAACGAUCAAACAAUUCAACAAAAAAUUGUUAUUCAGGCAUUUCCCUUAGCAAGCCGAACAGCAUAGUCAAGGAUGGAACUGCAUCUUCGAAGCAAAACCAUUUGAUUCCACUUUACACCUGCGAGACUUGACACCGUCUUUUUGAGUUAUGCAAGAUAACUUGAAAAGAAAUGCUGUAGAGGAUGUAGUUCUCUGCUUUGAAUAUAGUAGUUUAUAGGUGUUCUUUUUCUUAUUAGCAGUCUUACUAAUAUUCCCCUGUUAGAAGGCCAAAAAAAAAUCUCUUUAUUGAUUACACUGACCAGUUAUUCCGGGGCAAAUAACUUCCUUUAAAUUUGGGUUAUCUGCCGUGGAGUUGUUACAGUGGAAACACAGCCUGAGUGUGUCUUAGGGGAGGUUAAUUCAAGAAACACAAUUAGAUUAUGGAUAUGAAGAAAUACCUGAUUUUCAUUACAAAGAUAAUUUUUAUGAUUGAGUUCUGGAAAUUCAAAGCAAGUGAAGGGGGCAGUAAACAUUUUGAUUAAAUAUAAAGAGAACCCAUUGCAUGAAGUUGGAUAUCAAAUUCUGUAAUGCAUGGCUUCUUGAAAUAACUAUUCUCUGUCUUUUUAUGUGUGUGCAGCAUGUAAAUUUGAAGUUAUGUGAAUGUUUAAAGUUUUUUUCUAAUCUCUUUUCAUCUCCACAGUGUUUAGGGCUUUCACAUGCCUUACUCCAGCGUGAACAGAAAAAGUCCAUAUUUUAUGUGGUUAAUGCUUUGAUGUGUCAUGUAAGGAGUAGUUUGUAGAAAAUGUUGGCACAAUUUUAACUUUUUAGUGGCUUGUGACAUUACAUAUUAUAUAUAUGUACAUAUAUCUUUAUAAUAUUCCUGUGUUUAGUAGUGUAAAUGUUCUGGGCAAGUUUUAAUAUUUCAAAUGCCUUUGGAUAUUCUUGCAAUAAAGGCAACAUGUUCUGCAGUUGGAUUUUUUACUUGUUUGCCUAUUUUGACACUAAAAUGGUUCAUAACUGAGCGCAAGUUUUACUCAUAAAUAUUAUAGAAGCAGGGAAGAAUAAUAAAUAAAUCUAUGAAUUGUGGUUCUGUUUAUCUUAUGGAUGGUAACACCAGCAAAUAAUUUGCUUCAUCUAGCCUCUUACUAUUAAUUAAAAUCAAAUUUUACAAAAUAUUCUGUUUUGUAAUUUAAGAGCAUGGUGAAUAUCAGUUGGGUUUGGUUUUGGUCAUGAAGACUAAAAGCUUUAAUCCAGGAAGAACUCUCUGAUUUCUGCUAACUUGUUUAUUGACACAUGUGUUAAGAGAACCACAGCUCAUUGAUUCACUUAUUCUCGUCCCUAACUGUGAAUUUUUGUGAUAAAUACACUUGUACUACUGAGAAAAAAUAUUUUGACACUUCACAUAUACAAGUAGAGAACUGAUAGUGUCAGUUUCAAAAAUGAUUUUGUAUUUAAAGUUUCUGGCUUAGGUAUCCAAUGGUGCAGAUUUUUAAGUUUGUAAGAACAAAAUUUGUUUAAAAAAACAAAAACUUGCUCUAGUUUUGUGACCUUGUGUACUUUUAAAAUAAAAUCAAGAAAGCAGUU